AUGAAGGCUCAGGUUGUAAGCCUCCUACUGCUCCUGUUCACGUGUACUCAUGGACUUCAGCGAGGCAAGGAUUACUUCAAAGAAAAAGUCUGCAAUGAAUACAACGCAUUGGGGGAAACGAAUUUUCGCUCCAUAUCAAUCGUCAUAAACAGCAGGAAGUAUUCUAAUGCCACCUUUGAACAAAUCCUCAGUCUCGUCAACAACAUGGUCGACUUGGCCAAAAAAUGUUGCGCUGCAGGAGCUGAUCCAGACUGCUAUGAAAACGAGUCUACUGCUUUCUCUGAAAAAUCCUGUCGCCCAGAUGCUCCUUUCCCAAGACACCCGGGGAUAGCUGGCUGCUGCACCGAACAAGGCCUGGCUCGAAAACUCUGCCUGGCGGCCCUGAAACACCCCCCUAAGGAGUUCCCGACCUACGUGGAGCCCCCCAACGAGGAAAUAUGCGACGUCUUCAAGCGGGACCCUCAGGGAUUUGAAGAGAGCUACUUAAUAAAAUUCACCCAGCAGACUCCAAGCCUGUCCUUUGAGAAUGCCAUAAGCCUCGCUGAAGAAGCAUCUGAAAUUCUUUCCAAGUGCUGCGCUAGUUUGGAAGAAAAUUGUUUCCAGAAUGAGCUCAAACUUCACAUCGCCCACAUCUGCAAUACGGCCUGUGGCGGGAACGAAAGACUCAGAACCUGUUGCAGAUCUAAAGACGACCUGGGAAAAUACUUGUGCAUUUACUCGCUCCCGUGGGAUAAGCAUUCCCAAGCCCCUCAGGCCCCCAGUUCGGUUGACGAAGGCGCCUGCCGAGAAGAUGGCGAAGUAGACAUAUAUCGUUAUAUUUACGACAUGGCCCGGAUAUACACCCGUGCGCCAGAAGCUCUUCUCAUUACCUUGUAUUCUGCCAGCCAAGCUGCCACCACUGACUGCUGUAGCCUACCAGACCCCAAAGCAUGUUUCGCCGAGAAGGAUUUGAAAACAAUAGCCACCCUGCAUGCUUUGAUUGAAAAAGGAAAUGAGAUUUGCGGGGAAUAUACAGAUCAUACGUACGUGGAAUUCCUCAAGAGGCUUAGAGCAAAUGCACUAAACCUGCUCCCACCUGGUACUUUGGAUGCCGACGAUCAGGUGUCUGCUUUGAUGGAACAAAGAACUAGUUACGUCACCAAGUGCUGUCAUCUAAAUGCACCUCCAACGUAUUGUGGAAUACAGGUCAAAGACCAAGUCUCUACCAUUUGUUUCCUAGCUGACUGCAUAGAAAACAAAUCCUGAGAACCUUCUCUGUUUAAAAAAUACUCAGAAAGAAGAAGGAAUUGAAAUAAAGUGAUACAAGGAGUGAAAAAAAAAUCUAUCAUAAAAUCCAGAAUUAUUUCUGAAAUGUUUAUCCAAUAUUAUUUUGCAAGCUGGAAGACAGUCCUAGAAAAAUGUCCAUUAUGUCAUAGCAAAACGCUUCUUUUUUUCGGCCUGCAGGUGGCAGUGUUACACCAUCUAUCAAAUAGUACGACAUUCUAUCCUUCCUCUUGCUUCUUCUCUGUGUUUCUUGGGGUGGAAGAAAUAAGGUGAGGGG